AUGCCGUGGCGAGACCCUGUUCCCUUGACACGCGCGUGGUGUUUGUGGGAGAUCUUCUGUGGCAUCAGCAACGAAGGCACAGAGGUCACCAUCCAACUACCCAACAGCGAAGAACAGGCACUCGAAAACGCCAUCGCGGGUGACUUUAAAGCCGUCACAGACACGCUGGUGCGCGUGCAGGCAGAGCGAGCCGACGCCUUCAACCCACACGACAAGCACAUGAUCUUCACGGCGAUCCAGUCGUGGGCGGGCGGCUUCAGCGCAGUCAACCAGGCCGUGAAGGACCAGCUGCGCGCGUGGUGCCUGCAAAAGGCGGUGGGUGCCGUGGAAGCCAUGCGGGCACGAGGCGAGGACAGCACUGACGCCUUCGCGCAGUUGUGCGGCCACGUUGGGUUGGUGCUGAAGCAGUUUGGCGAGCACGACCGCGCCAUUGCCUACUACGAGACAGCGCUGGCGGUUUACCUCCGCACUGAAGGGGAGAAGGGGAGGAACGUGGCGGCGUUGUACAACAACCUCGGUAUCGCCUACAGCGACAAGGGCGAGUACGACAAGGCGAUUGUGUUCUAUGAGAAGGCCCUUGCCAUCAAGGUGGAGACGCUGGGCGAGAAGCACCCGAGCACAGCGAACACGUACGGCAACCUCGGCCUCGCCUACUACAGCAAGGGCGAGUACGACAAGGCGAUUGCGUUUUAUGAGAAGGCCCUCGCCAUCAGGGUGGAGACGCUGGGUGAGAAGCAUCCGAGCACGGCACAGACGUACAACAACCUCGGUAUCGCCUACCACAGCAAAGGCGACUACGACAAGGCGAUUGCGUACCAUGAGAAGGCCCUCGCCAUCAAGGUGGAGACGUUGGGCGCGAAGCACCCGAGCACAGCCAUAACGUACAACAACCUCGGCAUCGCCUUCAAGAACAAGGGCGACUACGACAGAGCGAUUGCGUUUUACGAGAAGGACCUCGCCAUCACGGUGGAAGCGUUGGGUGAGAAGCACCCGAGCACGGCACAGACGUACAACAACCUCGGCAUCGCCUUCAAGAACAAGGGCGACUACGACAGAGCGAUUGCGUUUUACGAGAAGGACCUCGCCAUCACGGUGGAGACGCUGGGCGAGAAACACCCGAGCACAGCGAGCACGUACAACAACCUCGGCAGCGCCUACUACAGCAAGGGCGAGUACGACAGAGCGAUUGCGCUGUACGAGAAGGCGCUCGCCAUCACGGCGGAAGCGUUGGGUGAGAAGCACCCGAGCACGGCACAGACGUACAACAACCUCGGCGCCGCCUACGCCGACAAGGGCGAGUACGACAAGGCGGUUGAGGUUUAUGAGCAGGCGCUCGCCAUCAAGGUGGAGGCGUUGGGUGAAAAGCACCCGAGCACGGCACAGACGUACAACAACCUCGGCGCCGCCUACGCCGACAAGGGCGAGUACGACAAGGCGGUUGAGGUUUAUGAGCAGGCGCUCGCCGUCAAGGUGGAGACGCUGGGGGAGAAGCACUCGAGCGUAGCCAUGACGCUUGAGAACAUCGGCCUGCUGCACGACACGCGCGGUGACAAGGAGCAGGCCUGCGCCUACAUGCAGCGGGCCCUCGACGGUUACACAAGCACGGUCGGCCCAGACCACCCAGACACGCGCGACGCGGAGCGCGAACUGCGGCGCAUUCGCGGUGCUGAUGUGAAGGUUCAAGGUGCAAUUCUGCCCAGUGACUCAGCCUCGUCGGAGGGCUGGGUCGCUAGCCUGGACUCGUUGUCCGUCCGCGACCGUGCGGAACAGCACGUCGUCGCUGCAGGCCCACGCUAG